GCAGCGCUGAUUGGUCGGCUCCGACGGAAGUCGCGAGGUUCGGUGGUCUGAAGACGCUAGCUUGUGACUGGGAGGGGGAGAAGGGAGGCGUCUGUGGAGGAUUCCUUUCCGUCCUCUCGGUCCUGGCGACCUCACAGAAAGCCAACACUCCAGUCCCUCGGCUAGCCCUUCCCCUGGCUCUCUCCCCUUGAUUUCGCCACCGUUAUGUGGGAAGCGAAUCUGCAGCUAAUCCACCUUAAAACCUGAAGGAAUGAAAACCAGGAAGCAGUUGUAAAUCAUUCCUUGGAGAGAGUUUCAGAAUAUGAAGAAAAAGUCAAAGAUACCAAGCCCCCUUCACUGAGCUCAGGAGAUGUUUCACAAAACAGAAGAAUUCAUAUCCAAAACCACAGAGCGUGGAAUGGACGACAUGGACACAUCAGACACGCAGUGGGGCUGGUUCUACCUUGCAGAAUGUGGGAAGUGGCACAUGUUCCAGCCGGAUGCCAAUGUCCAGUGUUCGCUCAGCAGUGAAGAUAUCGAGAAAAGCUUCAGAACAAACCCUUAUGGCUCCAUUGCUUUUACCACUUCCAAAUUCAGCUACAAGAUAGACUUCGCAGAAAUGAAGCAAACGAAUCUCACCACUGGGAAACAGCGCUUAAUAAAAAGGGCUCCCUUUUCCAUCACUGCUUUCAGUUAUAUCUGUGAAAAUGAAGCUAUACCUGUGCCACCACACUGGGAGGAUGUGAACCCUGAAGUGCCCUAUCAGCUUGUUUCUCUGCACAGUCAAACACAUGAAUAUAAUGAAGUUGCCAGUCUUUUUGGGAAAACAAUGGAUCGCAACCGAAUCAAAAGAAUUCAGAGAAUUCAAAACUUAGAUUUAUGGGAGUUCUUCUGCAGGAAAAAGGCUCAGCUCAAGAAAAAAAGAGGUAUCCCUCAGAUCAAUGAACAAAUGCUCUUUCAUGGUACCAGCAAUGAGUUUGUGGAAGCGAUCUGCAUUCAUAACUUCGACUGGAGAAUAAAUGGCAUACACGGCACUCUGUUUGGAAAAGGAACCUAUUUUGCUAGAGAUGCUGCUUACUCCAGCCGCUUCUGCAAAGAUGACAUAAAGCACGGAAACACAUUCCAGAUUCAUGGUGUCAGCCUGCCACCGCGGCAUCUGUUUCGAACGUACAAAUCUAUGUUCCUUGCUCGGGUGCUAAUUGGAGAUUACAUAAACGGAGACUCCAAAUACAUGCGACCCCCUUCCAAAGACGGGAGCUAUGUGAAUUUAUAUGACAGCUGUGUGGAUGAUACCUGGAAUCCAAAGGUUUUUGUGGUUUUCGAUGCCAACCAAAUCUAUCCUGAAUACUUGAUAGAGUUUCAUUGAUUUCAGCUCCACUUGUCAAUGGUCAAGUGAGUUUUGUUCUUUUUUGCAGGAGGAUUUGCUCACCUGUCAUCUAGCUACUAAAUAUUAAUUAUCUGAUACUUUUGAAUCAGAUCUGAAAAAGUAGCUUUCACAUAAAAAGAUAUACUGACUCUAUAAGGUUGGUUUUGUUUCAUUUUUCUGUUGUUCAUAUCUUGACUAUUAAAAAUUAAUACCUUUGCCAUUUUAACUCAUAAGGGUGAUAGGUAACAUUAAAAAUCAAGUCAGCAGAGUCUCAUUACCAUUGUUAUGGUUGUGCAGUCUUUUUAUUUUACCCAUGUGAUGAGAAUAAAUCAUUUUAGGUCAUUCACAUGGACUUAUUCAUCUACAGUAUAUAUAAUUAAAAUAUAGGCAAACGUAUCUCUUUGGAGAAAUGGAUCUUUUAUAACUUGAAUUCUGGUGUUAUUGGCUACCAGUCAGCUUAUGUUUGGUUGGUCUCUGAAGGAGCGAUACAAACCCUGAAACAGUGUGGGCCCCUUGAGAGAAAUAAGAAGCAAGGACAGUAUUCACAGUGCUAUCCAGCAAGUCUGAGGAGAGACUCAAGACAGAUCUCUGCUGCCUGUUGCCCAAGGACCUCAGGCUGCAGCUGCAUGCUUCUUCUGUCUUACUCUUUUGUCUCCUGUGUCUGAAAUGAGAGCAGCUGCAGACUGAUUCACCCAUACUUCUCCCUCUCUGAUUCUUGCACUAAGACGGGGUGUGUAAGAAGAUAUCUCUUUCAUCUUCCAAGUGCAGGCUUUAUUUAUUGCUUAAAAUAUUUGUUUUCCCUUUGUUUUAGAGUCCCUACAUCUAUUUUAGAUUACUUCUAAAGUGUUUUUAUCUGCACCCUACAACACUUACAGUUAUUCAACAGUGAUUUUGAAAAUUCACAUUUCUCCAUUUUGAAUAAUCACAGAAAACAUGGAAUGCUCAGAACAACACUGGUUUAUCCUUUUUUUGCAUAGCAAUAGGCACCUUCUAACUCUUGAAUGGUCAGAUAGCAUAGAUCAUUGUUGUAUUCAGUGAGCGCAUGUUUACCGUCUGUUUUGUUGCUGUGCUGUGAGGGGAAUAAGCAGUAUUGUACCACUUCCAACCUGUGAGUGUCCCUGCAGAGACGAGACAGCAGUUUGGCAGGAUAUGGAGCAGGAGUUGAAGUGCUGGAUAAGAACUGCCCAGAUGAUUGUUAAGAGUCUUUCCAGCAUUGAUUUUUCCAUGAUUCUCUCUGAAAAGCAGAACACUUGUACCAUGUCUUUCUCGGAAAAUAUUUUUCUAUCUAAUUCAUAGCACUGAAUUCUCUCUUCAGUAUCCUUACUCAGUUUUGGCAGAAACUUAGUGAACACAGUUUAACUUCCACAGUGUCCAUGCCCAUAUGGUUUUGCUCAACCAUUUGACUUAGGGAGGCAUCUAGAAUUGAUAGAAGUAUAGUACAGAAUGGAAUUAGUGAUAGUAAUUCUCUAAGUGCCAUAUACCAUCAGGUUUUCAUUAGGUCCCAGAAUAUGUGUAAUUGUUCAGUGAAAGUAAAUAGACAGUACACAGGAAAUUGCUCACACAACAUUUUGAAACAAAGUAGUAAGAAUUUCCUAACUCAGAUGUGCACCUUCAUUGCCAGUUUAAAGGAAAUGCUGGGAAUAUUUAGAAAAAGUACAUCUUAAAAACACCCAGAGCUUAUUGCAGAGACAAAGCCCCUGGGCUGCCUUAGAGAGGGAGGGAGCGCAUGACUCAAGACUAAUUUGCAAAGCACAGUGUUAGACACAUGAGGAAUUCAGAUUUUCAGAAUCUUUUUGUUCUAUUUGUUGUUUACAUAAAAAUACUGAAAUAAUUUCCUUUUAACCUGGCUAUCUCCCUUGCCUCAAUAUUACAUGCAUAUCUUACUCAGCACCUGAAUGACGAUUGGAGAUUUAGAAUUGUUUUUCUUUUAGACAUGUGCAGAUCUUACCCCAAGGUGACUAGGAGCCCUCAGUUAAGAAUGUGGAAGGCAGUCGGUAAAGUUUGAGCCUGUGUGUCAGGUUGAUCCACGGUAAGUAGGGUACACUGCAGUUGCUGUUGUAAGAAAGCGCUAUGCUAUUGUUCGUGUCUGAGAAUGUACUGCCAACUCCUUUUUUAUAAGAAGAACUGGUUUCAUACAUAUUUUUAAAUAUAGUGGUGUAAAGUCAUUGAUGUUGCAGUUUUCUUUGGUCAUUAAGUUAGCUGAAACAUGUAAUCCAUUUAUAGUAAGACUGAAUCAGCCAUUUAGCGUGGUUUCCUCUGUUUACCACAUAGUGUGCUGAGGAGAGUGAGGAGAAGCCAUUCCAGAUUAAUGAUAAGUGAUUUUUAAAACUCUGUGUUAAAUACAUUGCGGCUGCUAAUGACAUUCCUCUUUUACUUUGGGGAGCCUCAGAGUAAAAAUAAAUGUGUUUUUAAAAAACACUUUGAUGAGACUGUUAUGAACAGGAAGGUUUUGUUCAGUGCUUCAUUUCAUUUCUAGACCAUUGGUGGUGAAGACAAAGAAGAAGAAUCAGAAG